UCUUUAGUCCAUUAAUGUCUUUUGUUCUUCACCUGCCAAUGCAUCUGAUGGACCUGCACUGAAAUACACAAACUGAAACUGUCUCUUCACCUGUUGUAGUUACAGCUGUCUCCAAACCCUGCUGGUGCUUCAUAUGACAGUUGCCAUCUGGGUUGGCCUACACACCCGGAUCCCCCUGUUCACAACCAGGAUUGAGGGAUGACAGAGGCAGUGGGGGUGCAGAAGACUGCCCGGACCGUGUGGCAAGCAGACCUGCAGCCACUUUCUCCCCUUCUUUCUUUUCUUGUUUUCCAAGUUCCCUCUCAACACCAGCAUGGAUCCCAAAGCCUUAAAGGAGGAACUACGGCUGUUCCAGAGUACCUUGCUUCAAGAUGGACUGAAGGAACUUCUGAAUGAAAACAAGUUUGUGGACUGCACUUUGAAAAUCGGUGACCGCUCUUUUCCCUGUCACCGUCUGAUCAUGGCCGCCUGUAGCCCCUACUUCAGAGAGCUCUUCUUUUCCGAAGACGGCAAGGAGAAGGACAUCGGCAAGGAAGUGGUUGUAGACGAUGUAGAUCCCAACAUCAUGGAUAUGAUCAUCCAGUAUUUGUACUCUGCUGAGAUCGACUUGACGGAUGACAACGUUCAGGAGAUAUUUGCUGUGGCCAACCGUUUCCAGAUACCCUCAGUGUUUACAGUAUGUGUGAAUUAUCUCCAGAAGAAACUAUCAUUGGCCAACUGUCUCGCCGUCUUCCGGCUCGGCCUGGUCCUCAGCGUGCCCAGGCUUGCUAUAACGGCACGUGAUUACAUCGCAGACCACUUUGAAACCGUGGCUGCCGAGGAGGAGUUCCUUCAACUGGCGACCCACGAACUCCUGGCCCUGAUUGGUGGAGACACGCUCAACGUGGAAAAGGAGGAAGUCGUGUACGAGUCGGUGAUGAAGUGGGUGCGCAGCGACAAGGUGAAGCGUGCCAAGAGUCUCGGGGAGGUAUUCGAAUGCAUCCGCUUCCGUCUGCUGCCAGAGAAGUACUUCCGGGAGAAGGUAGAGACCGAUGACAUCAUCAAGGCUGAUCCAGAACUCGCAAAGAAGUUGCAGGUCAUCAAAGAUGCAUUUGGAGGAAAACUCCCAGAGGCGAAGAAGAAGGAGAAGAUGGAAGGAGAGGAGGAGGGAGUGGAGGAGGGAGAGGAGGAGGGAGAGGAGGAGUUGUUGCCGGGUUACCUAAAUGAUAAUCGGCGAUUGGGGAUGUAUGGACGAGACCUGAUCGUCAUGAUCAAUGACACAGCUGCUGUGGCGUACGACGUGGGUGAGAACGAAUGUUUCCUGGCUGCCAUGGCGGAACAGAUUCCAAAGAACCAUGUAAGUCUCUGCACCAAGAAGAAUAAUCUCUAUAUUGUUGGAGGACUGUUUGUUGAUGAAGAGAACAAGGACUCUCCACUGCAGUGCUACUUCUUCCAGCUGGACAGUCUCGGUGCGGAAUGGAGAGCCAUGCCACCCAUGCCCAGUCCCAGAUGCUUAUUCAAUCUGGGCGAAUAUGAAAACCUGUUGUUUGCCAUCGCUGGCAAAGACCUGCAGACCAACGAGUCCCUGGACUCAGUCAUGUGUUACGACACUGAUAAGAUGAAAUGGAGCGAGACCAAGAAACUUCCUCUGCGUAUUCACGGCCACGCCGUUGUCUCACACAACAAACUGGUGUACUGCAUUGGAGGAAAGACAGAUGACAACAAAGCUAUCAAUAAAAUGUUUGUGUACAACCACAAGCAGUCAGAAUGGAGGGAACUAGCGGCUAUGAAGACACCCAGAGCAAUGUUUGGAGCUGUAGUUCAUAAGGGAAAGAUUAUCGUAACUGGAGGAGUAAAUGAGGAAGGUCUCACAGCUUUAGCCGAAGCCUACGAUUUUGGAACAAACAAGUGGGACACGUUUACAGAAUUCCCUCAGGAGCGCAGCUCUGUGAAUCUGUUGAGCACAGGGGGAAGCCUGUAUGCAGUUGGAGGAUUCGCAAUUGUGGAACUGGAAGACAAGAACAUUGGACCCUCUGAGAUCACAGACAUCUGGCAGUAUGAAGAGGACAAGAAGGCAUGGAGUGGUAUGUUGAGAGAAAUGCGCUACGCCUCUGGUUCCUCCUGCGUUGGCAUGCGUUUAAAUGCUGCCAGGAUGCCCAAACUCUAAAGAAAACUACUCUUUCCCCAAGUGUGACCCUCUUUGGCCAUUUGACCUCAACACACAGCUGUCUGUUUCAGUUUAGUAUAGUCUAAAAUAAGGAGCUAAGGAAAUUAAAACUUUGUACGCCCUUAUGAAAAUUAACCAUGGAUUAACUAGAUUAAUUAUAGGUUUUUGGUUUUAUUUACAGUAAAACCAGAGUAACCACAAAUUUAACAUGUUCUAGCUAUAGUAACACCAGUUUAACUGUGAUAUUUGUAGUUAAACUGUAGUAUUUCAAAUAGUAGUCAAUUUGCAAAACAAAGCAUGGUUACUUCAUUUUUAUUAUAAUAAAACCAUGGUUGUUUUCCUAAAGGGUGGGUGAGAAAAGGGCAAAGAAAGAUUCUGGGUUCCUCUAGUUCUUUUUUGUUUGCAUUAGAUGCAACACAGUUGUUAUUAAAUGUGUCUAUGUGAACAUAAGUCAUUUCUCCAUUUAACUCCAAUUAGACAAGGUGUAAACAAGGUCAGGUACAUUUCUGCAUUGUUAAUAUAUAGUAGUAGAAAUUCUAGUUCUCUGCUCAGAUAAAACUGUUAUGUAUGUGCUAUUUUUUGUAAAAUAAAAAUGUUUAAA